AUGCAUCUACAGUCGACCCUUGCCUUCCUCCUCACCCUCGCCGUGGCCACGCCGGCCCUGGCACAGUGCAGAGGCGCCAUGACCAAGACUGAGAUCAAGUGCCUCUCGGAAACCAUCGAUGGAAAAUGCGACGAGUCUCGCCUCACCAGCAGUACAAUUGCUGCGCGCGGUCUUGAAAUCCCAUCUGAAUCCGCUCCUUACCCAACGACAAGGGCUGAAGUCCCUGCAUCCUCUUCUUGCGGUGCGCGGUGGCACUUUCGCACCAGUGCCGGCGCCGUACUGCGUACAUACUUUGAUAGCGACACCCAAUGUACAAACUAG